AUGAGUUGCGAUGACGGCUUCGGACAGCUCGCUGCGGAGGCCAUCCUGGACACGGGCUCCUUCGAGCUCGUUGUCUUUUCCACACGCUGCAACGGCUGCGGAGCCGCCGGGGAGAGUGGCUUUAAUCAGACGUCAAGCCAGACCUUUCGAGCUGGCAACCUCAUGCAGCAGCUGAGCUACGGCAGCGGGGACACGUUGCCUGGCAGAGACUUCUUGACUUGCCAGAGGCUAUGCAGGGACGCUGUUGACGAGCUGCAGAUAGGCGGCCCCGGUCCCGCCUCUCCGCUCGGAGGCCGUCCCUGCCUUUAUACACUUACCGCCUUGGCCCAUAGCUGGCUGAGGCCUGACCCGGCUCCUGGUCCGCCGGUCUCGCCCCCGAAGGCCUGCUUGCAAGCUUUGUCCGCCGCUUUCAGCUUUUCUCGCUCUUUGCCUUUUCUGCCUUUCGCUCCCGGUGAUCAUGGCCCGCUUUGGUGGACACGCUCUCCGCGAUCUGGCCCGUGGUGUGGUGGGAGCUGCCCGACUCCGGCCGAUGUCGAGGCCCCUCCGGCUCCCCAGGCCGUCCCGACGGAGGCUCCGGCCCAGGACACGACCGUGGCUCCGGACCCGGCCCCCCCCGUGGAUCCACCUGCCACCCCGUCCCAGCCCCCGGCCAAACGUGGUGCCGACUUCCUCGCGCCACAAAAGCAGCCUCCCAGCCACCCCCCUACCACUGGUGGUCUGCCCGCUGCUUCCGCCGGACCCCCGAAGAAGAAAGCUAGCUUUCCUCCGGCCCGGCCUGCCACCCCCUCUUUCCCCCCCGCCAAGCCGGCUGCCGCUCCAUCCGAAGCGGCUCCCAAAGCCCCCGCGGCAGCUGCCAAGGCCGCCCCGCCGCCCCUCGAGACGGACCUGUCAUUUUUGUGCACUCUGGACGAUGAUGCCAUUUACCGGUCCCUUGCCGACUUGCCUCCGUCCCAGGUGACUCGACUUCUUCUUUUGAUCGCCGAAGUCGCCCAGGACGUCACCUAUGCCAUGGGCAACCUGGGCCAGCUCGACGUUGAGGUUCCGGUCGCGCACAUGUCCCAGACCGGCCCGCUAUCCGCAGACGACGCGUGGCGACCUUGCACCGUUGCCGGCCGGCCCGAUCCCAACCCGGCCCCGCCGAACCCCACCGACGGAGCUGGUGCGGACUCCGGUGGCCUGCGUGUCCUGCCCGGAUUCGCCCGCCCCCGGCAGGCACUCUUGACGGACACGUCGGGCAUUGACCCGAACGAGCCCCUGGUCCACUCGGAUCCCAACCGCCCCGGCUGCACUCCGGUCUUUGUGGAUCGGGGCCAACUCACCCCGCGCCGGGCCAAUACCGGCCCCUGGACCAUCAGCGAAGGCUGGGAGCGCCUGAGCAUUUUCCUGCCUGAGACGCCCGGCCCGUUCAUCCGCACGGACUCCUGGCCCUGGCCCGACCUCUUCUGCUUUGAGGAGCAGGACUUGCCAAGCUGGGCUCCGCUUCAGGACCCUCCGUCUGUCCUGUCUCACCUGCAAAUUCGCGGAUACUGCUCGCACGAUUGUCCGGCCCGGGGCCCGCACUGUCUCCGCAUUUGCCUCCGGCACCUGGUCCGGACCGCCCCGCAUGCCCCGCCCGGCGCUGUCGACUUUUCUGCUUCUCGCGGCCGGCCUGAUCGGGCCAACAUCGAGCUGGAGACCAUCGAGGAUGCGCCGGUACCCGUGCAUCCGCCGGUGGCCCCUGCGGGCAACCCGGCCUUGGCAUCUGACCUUGGCAGCUUAACCUUGACCCUGAGCUUCGCCGUCUCCAAGGCCAUCACCGUCCGUCCUCCAUGGAAGGCUGAGGUCAUUAACCGAAUCCGGUCCGGUUACCGCCCCCUUCAGCCAGUGGGCCGUGGCUCUAGCAAACCAUUGCCUGACUUUCGGGUGUCCUUGCCGCCACCUGAUAGCAACAUGGGUGGCAUGGCGCCGCGGGAACGCUCUGGCCGCUCGCGCUCCCCCCGGCGCCGUCCGGAACCGGCUGAAGAGGAAGUCGAAAGCACUGACCUCUCCGAUGACAGCUCCGACUCCGAACAAUCCGGGGCCUCGGGUUCGGACGAUGACUUUGCCAAGCCUCGGCCCCCUCGCUCCCAACAGCGAGAGCCCAGCAUGAAUGGGUUCCUGCACAACCCUCGCAGCAACGUCUUGCACCGUCCCGUUCCGUGCCCGCCCGACACUGCAAAGUCCGUACGCGUGCAUGGUGUUCCGCCCCGCCUCCGGGUGCCCAGCUCUGCCUCCGCCGUGGAUCCGACCCGCAGACGCCAGCAUCAGAACCACGCUUCUGGCACACCCGUCUUUGACGAUCCUGCUGCGUUGGUUGCCCUGCUCCGGCAAUGGUCUGCUCCUGAUGAGCUUCUGGAGGUCCUCACUGUAAAGGGUUUCAAGACCAUCGCGACCAUUGCCUAUGCUAUCCCUCCGGAUGGUUCCCCUGACGACUGGAUUCGCGUCUUGUGGCCUCCGGCAGACCCCAACGACACCUUGGCCAGGAUCACACCAGCUGCCAGUUUUGCACGACGCCUUCUGGUGCAGGCGCGCGACCUUGUUCAUCCGGCACCUGCCCCGUCGACCCCUGCCUCUGCCGGGAGCGCUCCGCCUUCCCUGCCCGGCCCAAAAAUCACGGCCGAAGCGGCGGAGUUGCUGCGUCAAAAGUUCAUUGAGGCCUACCCGGGAGAGGUCCUCUCCCCGUCGAGCACACCCAGUUUGGAAUUUCUUAACCGACAUCUGAGCAUGACGUUCAGACGUUCUAUGAACAUCGCCGACCUAGGUCCUGUUGAGCCUCUGCUUCGCCGCCACUUCGGGAUUCUGGUCACGGCCUUGGCUUUUCUGGGUGACCUGCACCUCCGUAUCGGCAAGAUUUUUGCUGAGUCUUUCAUUGCAUCCGCUACGGCUGUCCCCCUGGAUCCUUCCCUCCGGGCACCGUCUCUGCAAGAAGUACUUGCAGCCGACCGGUCCAUUUGGGCUGCCGUUGGCACACUGAUGCGAGAUGAGAAGUGGUCGCUGUCUGACUCCAUUCAUGAGGUUUCCGUCACCCGACAUAUGAUUCCGACUUUGUUGUGUGCCCGGCCUCGGUCCAUGCCUGCCCCUCCGGUCCGGGAACCCUCCCGCACUGUGGGCACGGCCGACACGUCGCAGCCAGCUAAGCCUGACCGUCCCACGAAACGUCUCAAAACCGACGGCAAACCGGAAAAACCGACCGGCAAAGCCAAAGCAGAUGCCAAAAAGCCGGCCGGCAAGAAACCCGUCAAGGAUCUGUGGGAAGAGUCGUGGCAUGAGGUGGACGAGAAUGGCAAGGAGAUUUGCAAACGCUUUGUGCUCGGCCGUUGCAAAUUGGAUUCCUGCUCAUCCCCUGAUGCCCUGGCCGAUGAAGCCGUGCGUAUUUUCUCCUCUGAUGAGGAGAUCUCAAAUCACGCCCCGGCUGAGUCCGUGGCUCAGGUGGCCCCUGCCUCGGAGUCGGAUCGACUCAGAAGUCGCUCGCCGCACCGCCCGGUACUCCGAUACUCCUUCUCCUUUGUCCGCCCACCUUUGCAAGGGGCCCGCCCUGGCAUGCAUCCCCCCUCCCCGUGUGCACGCCCUGCCAAGGAGACAGCUCCAUCCUUGGAUCGGGCCCCCCCUUCCACUUCCCCGGCCGAUCCUCCUGUUCGCCCGGCACUGUUUCUGGACUUGUUUUCAGGUUGCUCGGCCCCGCUCUCUAAAGCAAUUUCCAAUCUUGGCCUCGACCGCAUUGCCCCUAUAGACGUGCUUCAUGGGGAAGAGGUGGACUUGCUUCUGCCCCAGCAUCAGUCGUCCAUGCGGAAACUGUGCUCGUCUGGCCUCGUGCGUGUGGCUGUUGCCGCCCCACCCUGCUCCAGCUUUAGCCGUGCUCGCCUUAAACCCGGUGGCCCGCCCGCAGUCCGGACACCAGCACACCCGCACGGCAUCCCUGCUCCUUCCCAGCGCCAGCAGGCUGAACUGCAACGAUCCGACAAGCUGCACGAGCUCUGUCGGGAGCUCCUCACUCUCGUGCUUCUCUCGGGUGGUCUGGUUUUGCUUGAAAACCCAUCUAGCAGCUUAUUGUGGCUCACCGACCCAUGCAAAGCCUGGAUCCGUCACCACUGCCUGUCCGCCGUGGAAAUUGCCGCUUGCACUUUUGGCAUGAAUGCUAAAAAGAGCUGGACCUUUGUCUCAAACUUGGCGGACCUUUCCUCUCUGGCCUCUGCCUGUUGCCACCCGCCGGGCACUCACCCGCCCUUGACAGGCAAGCGUGACUCGUCCGGUGCCUUCCUUACACGGACCACUGCCUGCUACCCGGACGGUCUCUGCGAGCGCUUUGCGGCACUGAUGGCACCAUAUCUCUCCCGGUCAGUGGGCCUAGUCCCAUUCCUCUCCUGGGAAACGGCUCUUCUUGAGCCACAGCUCUGCUGGCCACUCCCCUCCUCCCGGAUUGAAGAUGGUGCAGGUUCGUGCUCCACUGCUUCCUGGUCCAAACCGUCCGGCCCCGACACCUUCGGCUCCCUGCGCAAACUCUGGGUUAAGCGCAUCCUGUCGGGGGAUUUCCUUGCCAAAUUUCGCGCUCGUCUGGCAUCCGGUUCCAAGGAUGCCCCCAUUUCUGAGUCCGAACUGGUACCUUUCUUGGGUGACUUGCGCUCCUUCCUGGGCUUGGCGGCUACUGACUUUGAUACACUCCUUUCGGUCCCUCCGGGCCAACCGUUCCGCCUGUUCCUUCUGGAUGCGCUGCUUCAGCUCUCGCGCGACCCGGAUCGACCCUUUGUGGACUUGCUGCUUGAAGGAGUUCCUCUGGGUGUUGACGAACCUAUGCCUGCCUGCCCUACGCUGUUUCCUGCUUCCGCCACCAAGGACCCAUCCAUGGACUUACAGCAUUGUUCCUCCUCCUGGGGAUCAGCUCUUUCCGACCUGUCCACUGUUGACUCCCUUCUUCAAACUGAAGUUUCCGAAGGAUGGGUGCGGGAGGUUCCGGGCGGUCUUGACAGCCUCGUCGCUACCUAUGCUCGCACCGCCGUGGGGAAGCUUGGACUUGUUAAGGCCCCCGACCGUGACCCCCGCCUGGUGGUGGAUUCCAGCGUUUCCGGUGUUACAGAACACACCACUCUUCCCAACAAGUCCGCGAACCCGACCAUCUCGGGUCUCCGUCGCUGCUUUCCCCUCCGUCUGGCCCUGGAACAGCUCUUCGCACUGAUCCUGGGCGUCAGCAAAGCUCACCGGCGCAUACUGAUCCGGGCCGCCGAUCAAGGCCUUCUUUGCUUCUUCCAUCGCGGCCGCCUGUUCCAGUGUCUGACAUUGAAUUUCGGUGCACGCGCGUCCGGCUUUUACUGGGCACGUUUGGCGGGGAUUCUGUCACGCCUCAUGCAUCGGCUUCUGUUCAUCCGCCACGCCCUGCUCAUCUAUGUCGACGACCUGAUCUCCCUCCUUUCCGGUCCGUCCGCGCCGGUCUGGGCCGCUGUGCUGUGUGUUUUCCUUCUUGUGCUUCGUGUCCCCAUGAGUUGGCACAAAGCCUAUUUGGGCGCACGGCCGACUUGGAUUGGUUGGUCUAUGUCCCUGGAAACCUUUACCGCCACGCUUGAACCACCGAAGCUGGCCCGUCUCCGCCUUCUGAUUUCUUCAGCCCGAUCCGGGGAGGCGAUUCCACUACACCUGCUUCGCAAACUCACCGGCAAACUCCUUUGGGUUUGUUCCCUGUUUCGUCCAUUCCGGCCGUCCCUUGCACCGCUAUAUCGGGACCAAAGCCUACCUCCACUUGUUCAUGUUGCUGUGGCCCCCUCUAAGUGGGAAUCCUUCCGUGCAGCCCUGUCCAAAGACCUCGUGCUCACGAAAUCUGUCGGUCUGGCUAGUUGCCCCCAGGGCUGCACCCUGGUUAGUGUGGCUUCCCGCCCUGUUCGUACACUGAAGGAUGUUCCUCUCCACUUUGCCGGUGAGCGACGACUCUGGAUUUCCGUCCGCUCCCCUCCUGACUCUGACCGGAAACUUUCGCAGGAAUCUAAAGCUGUCUUGGACCUUUGGCACUCCUGCCUGUGUCAGACUAUCCCGCUCUUCCCGCUGUCUCUCGCGCCGCUGUUAACUUGCGAGGCGUUUGCUGACGCCUGUGCCGACAGCAAACACCCGGGCUUGGGCGGCUUCGUGGCUUUUCCCUCCGGCCGCACGGUCUGGUUCCGAUCCGCCUUAUCCCCUGCGGAUCUUGCUCGACUUUGUGCUUGGUAUUCCCCUGACAUUUCUCCGCAGAAAUUCAUCGCUGCCUGGGAACUCCUUUGCCAAAUCGCGCUUCUCUGGUGCGUUGCUCUCGUUGUCCCGGCCGCUCACCACCCAGUACAUUUCGUCAGCCGCUGUGACAACAGCCCUUCCGAAUCGGCUUCCUGGAAAGGCCUCUCUACUGCCCGCGGUAUGUGUGACCUAUUGCACUCCUACCUGUUAUGGCAGCGUCAUUUCUGCAUUUCCGCACAUAUCGAUCAUGUUCCGGGGUUCCGUAACAAGAUUGCUGAUGCCCUGAGCCGGUCCCGCGACCCGGGCACCUUGGGACUCAAUCCUGCCGAUGAGAUCCUGGUCCCUUGGCACCUGUUAAGCCGUCCUCCGCGCCCGUGUUACUCUCCUGCGUCCGCCUUCAACCGUGACCUCUUCCCGGCAUUGGACUUCUGA